AUGGUCGGAAAUCAAAGGAAAUCAAAAAAAAAACACGACUAUCCAGUAAAUGAAAAAAAAGCCAGUCUCAUUUCUGUAUUGACUGGGUUCGCGAUGAACUUGUCAUCGGCCGGCAAUGACACGGCCAAAGGUUCCACCAAUGCCACUACAACCGGUCCACACGAUUUGUUCAGAGACAGACACCUCACCGACUACUUGUUGAUAGUGCUAUUUUGCCUUGUUAUAUUGACGACGGUGGUUGGCAACACGUUAAUUAUAUUCGCCGUGUUUACAACCAGGCGACUCCGGACAGUUACGAAUUACUUCGUGACGUCCUUGGCCGUUGCCGAUUGGCUUGUGGGAACGUUCGUCAUGCCAAUAGCCGUCGUCUACCAUGUUACAGGCGAAUGGACGUUUGGACGUUUGAUAUGUGACAUUUGGGUUUCGCUGGACGUGUGCCUUUGUACUGCGUCGAUACUCAGCCUUUGCGCCAUAUCAAUUGACAGAUAUUUUGCCAUCACCAAACCUCUGCGGUACUCAAAAAAACGGAGGUCCAAAAGACUCGCGUCGCUCAUGAUACUGGUCGUAUGGUUGGUUUCAUUGGUCAUAACAUGUGCUCCCCUUUUUGGAUGGUACGACGAAAAUCGACACAAUAACAACAGCUGUACCUAUAACCAAAACAAGGUGUACGUAGUAUUCUCGGCAAUGGGCUCAUUUUUCGUGCCACUGGUAGUCGUCGUCUACGUAUAUUUAAAAAUAUCCUGCGUAAUCGCUGAGAGGCACAACAAACUCGAAGCCCUCAAUGGACAAAAAUUGAAGAUAUCCCGUUACAGUCACGAAUCGAUGGAAAGACCGUCAGUGGAAAUGGAUGAAAUCGUGCGCGUCAGUUUGCGCAGAGGUGACGAUUGCCGGGUUUCGCUGAAGCGCGAGAACAAAACGGCGCAGACGCUGUCCAUCGUCGUGGGCGGAUUCAUCGCCUGCUGGCUGCUGUUCUUCAUCGUCUACCUGAUCACACCAUUUUUGCCUGCGACUGCCAUACCGGAGGACAUGAUGAAGUGGCUCACGUGGCUGGGUUGGAUCAAUUCGGCCAUCAACCCCUUCAUAUAUGCAUUUGUCAGCCAGGACUUUAGGAUGGCAUUUUGGCGGUUGACGUGCAGCUACUGCACCGGACACAAGCCCAACCAGAACGCGCCACACAACCGGUUCGUGAUCAGAUACAGUCAUUAUUCGAGGAACCAAGUCUAA